AUGGGCAGGAACAACCAAACAUGGAUGAGUGAGUUCACCCUGCUGGGCCUCUCCAGUGACUGGCACACUCAGGUCUCCCUCUUUGUCCUGUUUUUGACCAUGUAUCUCCUGACUGUGCUGGGGAACUUCCUCCUCCUCCUCCUCAUCAGGCUGGACAGCAGGCUCCAUACACCCAUGUACUUUUUCCUCAGUGUCCUGUCGUUUGUGGACAUCUGUUAUACCAACAGCACUGUACCACAGAUGCUUGUUCACUUCCUGUCAUCCCGGAAGUCCAUCUCUUUCCACGGCUGCGUGCUUCAGCUCUACGUGUCCCUAGCAAUGGGCAGCACAGAGUUCUUCCUGCUGGGGACCAUGGCCUAUGACCGCUAUGUGGCAGUGUGCCACCCGCUGCACUACACAGUCAUCAUGCAUGGCGGGCUGUGUCUUGGCCUAGGUGCUGGCUGCCUGGUGGCCGGUGUCAUGAAUUCGCUGAUGCAGACAAUCAUCAUCUUCCAGUUACCCCUGUGUGGUCACAUCAUUAAUCACUUUGCCUGUGAGAUGCUGGCUGUGCUGAGGCUGGCCUGUGCAGACAUCACCUUCAACAAGAUCAUGGUGGCCAUCUCAGGAUUUCUGGUGAUCAUGCUGCCCUGCUUUCUGGUCCUGUUCUCCUAUGCUCAUAUAGUUGCCACCGUUCUGCACAUUCGCUCUGCCCAGGGACGCCGCAAAGCCUUUGGGACCUGCACCUCCCACCUCACCGUUGUGUCCAUGUGUUUUGGCACUGCCAUCUUCACAUACAUGAGACCCAUGGGUGGCUCCUCUGCAGAACAGGAGAAGAUGGUUGCCCUCUUCUAUGCCAUAGUGACCCCGAUGCUUAACCCCUUAAUCUACAGUUUGAGGAAUAAGGAUGUGGUUGGUGCCUUACAAAGAGUAUUGGGAAAAUUUAGCAAAAUAGGAUAA